AUGUCAGCAUCGACCCCAAAUAAGAAGCCCGCGGUGCCCACCGCGGCACGAAAGACCCCCAACAGCAAUGCCGCCAUGGCGACAUCUGCAACAUCUAGUCCUGCGCGGCCAGCGAGCGCAACUGGCACUGCGACCAACCACACCACCAGCACAGCCACCAACGGCCUGAAUAGAACACGUUCCACUCGGACGGGAACACCCUUAUCUGCUCGUGCUGCUGCUCGGAAGCCCACCUCCGUCGACGCCACCGCGGAGGCAGAUGCCAAGGCAGAGAUGCAUGCCCGACUAGAGGAGCUGGCGGAGAAGCUUGCACUUGCUGAGCAGGCCACGCUGGAGAAGGAAAAGCAGAUGGCAGUAGUGCAGGCAAAGCUAGACGAAUCGUUAAAGGAACAAGCGAUGUUAGAGGAGAGUGUGCACGAGAACUCGGAGCGCAUUGAAGAACUAGAGAAUGCAAAGAAGGAGAGCACAAGAGCCCGUCGUGAGCUGGAGCAGAUUUACGAGUCGGAGCGUGCAGCCAGCAUGAAGGAAAAGGAAGAGGCCACCAACCGAGAAGAGGAAAUGCGGAGUGCACUGCAGCGCAUGAAGGAAACGCUGGCGCAGAGGGAAAUGCGUGCGGGUCUGGACGAUGAGCGCCGGCCGAUGGUGUCACGCUCAGCAAGCGGCCGCAGUGGAGGUGUUUCGCCCAACCCCGAGGCGGGAGAUAUGCAGUUUGCACCGUCGUCCAUGCAAAGGAGCGACUCCGUCUCGCGUAACAACUCCAAGCUGGUUAUGCAAAAGGACAAGAUUAUAGAAUCGCUACGGAUGGAGCUGGCCGAGUCGCAGAUCAAAGUCGUGGAGAUGGAGCACAUGGGAGGUGGGCAUCUACGCGAGCUGCAGAAGCAAAUGUACGAAGUCAAGAUGCAAAACGCCCGCCUGAUGGAGGAAAACGAGUCCUUUCAGCUUCUUCUAAGUGAGAAGACGCUGAGCGGCGACUUUCUCCGCCCCUACAACCCCAACACGGCUUCAAGACCGCCAUCACGAAGCCCCGAACCUCCUGGAGAAGAAGGUAGAGGCACUAGUCUUGCAGACGAACUCGGAGAUAGCGAGGGCGAAGGCGAUAGCAACGAUCGUCGUCUGCGGACCGAGGUGAACAGUCUCAAGGACCAGAACAAGGCGUUGACAUUGUAUAUUAACAAUAUCAUCUCUCGCCUCCUCCAGCACGAACAGUUUGAGCAGAUCCUGGACAAGACACCCGAUCUCAUGGCUGGCCCACCCUCACUCUCGAACAAGGACAAGGACCUGCCGCCUCCGCCUCCCGCAAAGGACAACGAGCAGCCUAGUCUCCUCCAACGCGCCAAGAGCGUCAUGGGUCCGAAGACCUCAACAGGCCCGAAGCGACCUAGACCACUUUCCCAGCAGCUCGGAGGUGAUGGUGGAGCUCCAAGAGGGAAUGAAAACCCUGAGACUGCACCAAGCGUGCCGAUUGGACCACGCAUGGCAAGCGGUCAUCGACGUGCGAAUUCCGACUGGCCAGCCGCUAGUGUCGUGACCAACAUGUAUCGCGGUCCAUCCAAUCCGGUAGGGCCUCUUAGCCCAGGACUCUCAUCCCCAAGCGGACGCUCAUCCGCCUUCUUCUCUCGGGUACCCAGCGGUUCGUCUGUGCCUACCAUUAACGAAAGCUCAGCCGGGAAAGAGAGCGUGGGUCCUCAACGCGAUAGCAAACUCCACAGCAAUCGCAAUAGCAUGGUCACGAACUCCCCCAACUUUGAAGCUCUUGACAUGGCUGCUUCUGAAACUGCGCAGGGGUUCCCAUCUCCUCCCAGGAGUACUACAAGCAGCGGCGACAAAGAUACAAAGAUCAGUGGCGCGGUUAUGAUGGGCAGCAAGCCUCGUCCACUACGCUUGGUGCAAGAGGCCGCAGACGAGGAUGCGGCGAAGAAGUCUGCCAACCGUAGCAGUUGGUUUGGAUGGAUGAACAAAGGUGGUGUUGGACCUGGAGGGCUAGGGACUGGCRGUGGACCUUCGAGUGGCUCGAGGAGUAACAGCGAUCAGGGUCCUCCAGGGCCGGCACAAUAG